CUCUGUACUACCAAGGAGUCCGACUUCAGCUGCCCACCCGACAGUGUCAGUGGACUGCGCUUACCGCGCGGCUUGGGGCACUAAGAACCUUUUCAGCCGAAAAUUUGCAGAGAGAGACUGCUGAUGGCUGAGAGCAGCUGAACAGAGUGACGAGAGGGAAAGCGUCAACGACGCUGAGGGAGACGUCAUCAGAGCGCACCGGAAACGGCCCGACAAUGAAGAGUGUGAUCUACCAUGCCUUCUCUCAGAAAGAGGCAAAAGAAUACGAUGUUCAGCAUCAGGAAGCCAGUCGGGCAGAGGCCUUUGUGAGGGCCUUCCUGAAGCGGAGCAUGCCCCACAUGAGCCAGCAAGCCUGUGAGGAUCAACUGCAGCGCAAGGCUGUUGUUCUGGAGUACUUCACCCGCAGGAAGCGAAAGGAGAAGAAAAAGAAAUCAAAAGGCCUCUCUGCCAGACAGAGGAGGGAUCUUCGGCUCUUUGACAUUAAACCCGAGCAACAGAGAUACAGUCUUUUUCUCCCUCUACAUGAACUCUGGAAACAGUACAUCCGGGACCUGUGCAAUGGUCUCAAGCCAGACACGCAGCCACAGAUGAUUCAAGCCAAGCUGUUAAAGGCAGAUCUUCAUGGUGCUAUUAUUUCAGUGACAAAAUCCAAAUGCCCCUCGUAUGUGGGUGUCACAGGAAUCCUUCUACAGGAAACAAAGCAUGUUUUCAAAAUUAUUACCAAAGAAGAUUGUCUGAAAGUUAUCCCCAAGGUAAACUGUGUGUUCACAAUAGAAAUUGAUGACUUUAUUUCCUACAUUUAUGGGAGCAAAUUCCAGCUUCGGUCAAGUGAGCGGUCUGCCAAGAAGUUCAAAGCAAAGGGAACAAUUGACCUGUGAAUUCUUUGCCACCUUAGACAAUUGUUUAUGACACCUGGAAAUUGGAACACCCUACAGAUCCACCUGUCUGUGAAGAGAUUCUAGUUAUGGAAUCUGAUUUCUAGCCAGUGGAAAUCAGAGUUAAGGACUUUGAGUAAUAUGGGAAUAUGCCCAGUGUACUGAGUGAAGGAGUCAGGGGACAGACGUCUAACUCUAAGUGGCCUUAAUUUUUUUUACUCCCAUGGAGAGAAGAGAAUGGCCGAGAAUACACCAGGAUCAGCCCUGGUUGACUUGAAGGGUGGAAUUAUUAGGUCAUUUCUUUUUCAUAUUUUUGUGUUUUCUGAAUGUUGUAUGAUGUUCAUGUAGUAAUAAAAUAUACAUGUAUGCAUAAACAGA